AUGGCCGGAUUGAUGGCGAUCACCGCCACGGGCGUGUUGGGCUCCGUCAUCGACAAGCUGGCCGCCAUGCUCACCGACAAGUACAACCUCGCCACAGACGUCAAGCAAGGGAUCCGCUUCCUGCGAGACGAGCUGAGCACCAUGGAUGCCGUGCUGCGGGUGCUCGCGGACAAGGACGACGACCACAUCCAUCCACUCGCCAAAGACUGGAGGAGCAAGGUGCGUGAGCUGUCCUACGACAUUGAGGAUUGCGUCGACCGUUUUGUGCUCAAUCACAGCCAUGGAGAUGGAGGUUCCACGGCCAACUUUGUGCACAAGUUCUUUGACUUCUUUCAAAAGGUGAAGACGCUGUUCAAGGACGGAGGAAUAGCAGAGGAGAUCCGAGAACUCAAGAGCCUCGUCAGCGAGCAGAGCGAGCGGGGGAAACGCUACUACGACAUCAAUCAGUGUCUCCUUGCCUCACCUCAGCCAGUGCUCUUGGAUCCUCGAGCACCUGCACUCUUUCAGGAGGCCAGCAAUCUUGUGGGAAUUGAUGCUCCUCGUGAGGAGAUCAUCAGGUUAUUGAAAUGUGAAGAGAAGCAGCACAAAGUGGUGUCCAUCUAUGGGAUCGGCGGACAGGGGAACACCACUCUCGCUAUGGAGGUGUACCACAAAAUCACUGGAGCAUUUGAUUGCCGAGCUUUUGUGUCUGUAUCACAAACUCCAGAUAUGAAGAAACUUCUUAGAGAUAUAUUGUCUCAAAUAAGCAAGAGCCAUUUUGACCGGUCACAGAUGUUAGAGACAGUUGAGCAGCUCAUCCGCACAGUGAAAGAAUGCUUAAAGGACAAGAGGUACUUCAUCUUAAUUGAUGAUAUCUGGAGUGAAUCAGCAUGGGACCUUGUACGAUCUGCCUUACCUGUCAAUGACAAUGGAAGCAGAAUUAUUACUACAACACGCAAGAAAGUAGUAGCCAACAAAUGUUGUACUGGUAUUGCCGCACAAAUGUAUGAAGCCAAGCCACUUAGUGAUGAGGACUCUCAGAGAUUAUUCUUUACGAGGCUAUUUUUCUCCGGUGACGAUUGUCACCCAGAUUUGAGAAAAGUAUCCGAUGGUAUUUUGAAGAAAUGUUGUGGCUUACCAUUAGCCAUAAUCAGUAUAGCUGGUUUAUUAGCAAACAGAAGCAAAACCGUGGAAGUCUGGAGCAAUGUAUUGAGAUCUAUUGCUGCUGCAGUUGACAAAGAUUCUCCCAUUGAUAAGAUGAAAAGAAUUCUGCUGCUGAGUUACUUUGACCUUCCUCACCAUCUAAAGAGUUGUUUGCUAUAUCUCAGUGUGUUUCCAGAGGAUUAUUCCAUUCAUUGCCGCCAGUUGAUAUUGCUGUGGGUGGCCGAAGGACUGAUUCCUGGACAGGACAGAGAAAUGCUGGUCCAUAUGCAUGCCUCUGAGUUCUUAAACAACCAAGUCUUGCGAGUGCUAAAUAUAGAAAGUCCGGUUGAUGGAUGCAAUCUUGGACAUGUCAAAAGUUUUGGUCAAUUGAAGUACUUGAGGGCAGAAUUUGUCGGGGUCUCCAAGCUUCCAGAAGGUAUAAAAAAGCUACAACAUCUAGAGACACUAGAUUUGAGAGGGGCCGGUCUUGGAAACCUACCAGCAAGUAUUAUGCUGUUGCAGAAGCUAGUGCGUCUUUUUGUCGGUGACUCAGUGCACCUGCCCGAUGAAAUCAGAAAUCUGCAGGCGUUAGAAGAGCUAUCAAGUAUCAAUUUGGGUAUUCAAUCUGUAGAGUUUAUCCAAGGACUCGGUGAUCUGACCUACCUAAAAGUACUUGAAAUUGAUUGGCCAUGCUCUACUGAAUUACGUGAUAUGAAGGAUCACAAGGAAGCUAGUAUCUCAACGCUCUCCAGGUUGUUCAGGCGCCUGCGAGAACUACGCGUGUGGGGGAGUGAUCCUGAUGCCACAUGUUCAUUCAUGGCUUCGUGUGUCCCUACUCCACCACCGCUUCAAAUGCUUCAUCUUGGUACACAUAACUUAAAUAGGGUGGGCCCUCAAAUUAGCUCACUAGUCAACCUGUCUCGUCUCUACAUUGAUGUUUAUGGUGAAGCAGGCAAGGAAGGAAUAAAUAUCCUAGCAAGUUUACCCAUGCUGCUCUCUCUUACUGUUAACUUAUUCGAUGACGAAGAUGGAGAUUCAAGCAUCCUCUACGCAAGGCAUGCAAUCAGCAGACAAGGAUUCCAGUGUUUGGUUAAGUUUACUUUGUGCUGUUGGCGCGAGGCUGCAUUGGAGUUUGAGCCGGGAGCCAUGCCAAAGCUCCAAAGGCUCAAGCUGGCACAACGGGCACGGUGCCAGUUCAAGUAUGGGGAAGGUGGCCUCGUCCUUGGUUUGCAGAAUCUUGCAGGCCUCAAACAUGUGGUUGUCGGUGUUCACUGCGACUUUGCUGAUGCUGGCGAGGUGAAGGCUUUGGAGGAUGACAUCAGCGGCGCAGCAGCAGUCCAUCCCAACAGUCCCAUACUCCUCCAGGUCGAAAGACUUGAUUGA